GUGAGCUAUGUGAUCAUCGCCAUUUCCAACACAACAAACAUACAUGUGCACUACAGUAACCACGUCAGCAAACCGCGCAACAUCUAUUCUUGUCUUCCACAGCCUCACGCCUCGUGUUCACCCACGACUCGCACCUCUCUCACACACACGUCCCUCUCACGACUCAGGAGCCUCGCCUUUAACGUCCCGACCGCUCGUCGCAGUUGGGUCGGAAAAGAUCCGAUCGCUCAACAGCGUCGGCACACGACUCGCACACUCACGAUCCCUCGUCUUUCGCGCCAAGCACUCAGAUCGUGCGCACCAAACUCUGUCUUUGAUUCAUGUCCAGCUUACCCAACCACUGACAAAGCAUCUAACUCACGACGGAGUGAGAAUGGAUUGAAGACCGAGAAUUGGACUUUCGUGUUCCGCAAGCCCUCGGAACACCACCAAAGUCACACUCAGAAUAGCUAAUGACGCUGCGCUACGAGAGUAACGAAGAGUUCGGCGCUGGUUAGGGGUACUUAGGCACGUGUUAGCUUUUUGCGGCUUUGCGGCUUGAGCCGCAACACGACCCCUCGCAAAACCCUCACGCACUCAAGAAAUAGUACCUUUGCACGCGAACUCUCGUAGUUGCCGACGCAAGUCCCCACUUCGCAUUCGUGAUUCGUAUACUGCCCGAAUAUGAACAGCGACUGCGUGGUCCGCUAUAUGAAAGUUCACGGCAGUUGAAGCAGGUUAGAAUUGGAAAUCUGGUUCACCGAUCAGAAUUCAGAAAAUUGGAAUGUUGCGAAUUGCUUUUC